AUGAGCCAGACAUCGCGGCUCUUUACUGCGCUGAUACGGACGCACCACAUCACGUCACGCAAGAAGCUUCAGCGCGUAAAGAAGGCUGCCGCGCUCCGCGAUAUCCCCUUCGUUUUGGUCCGGUACGGUGGAUCUCCGGGAAUAAUGUACGCCGAGGCACUGGACCAGACCUCACUGGGGGACUGGGUCAGUGCCGUGCAUGACCUCCGCUACAAAGACUUUCAGUGCGUACAGAAGCCCGUCGUGGCUCAAGACGUCAUCAGCCGCACUGGAAGCGGAGGAAGCGCGAUGCCGUCGUCGCCAUUUAACGAGGUCGAUUCCGUCGCCGAUUUUGGUGCGAUUAUGGAACGAAAGGGCCUUACAAAGUGGUUUGAGAUUGGCAUGGGAUAUCAGAGUUCGGAUUGA